AUUUCUUUAUAUGCUCUCUCCUCUUCUCUCUGUCGCUUCUCUUUUCAUCUCUUGGGGACACCAACCACCAAAGAUUUAGCACAAGGAAACGCCCAGCUGAGUUGGGAUCUUGGAGUAGCUUGCUUUCUGUCUGGCUCCCUCGCCGCCGAUCCGGCGAUUGAUGACGACAGCGUCGCCGGGGCUCAACAGAAGGCUCUAGAGAGGAGGAGGAGGAGGAAAGAACAGGAAGGAGCGGAUGUCUUCCCUCUUGCUGUCCAACGUGCUGCGGUACCACCGCGGCGAGCAGCAGGAGAAAGUGGAGGAGGAAGGAAAGGCGGUGGGGAAGAGUAAUGGGUUCCGUUUGGGUAGCAGAGAAGAGGCGGAGGCGUCGUCGGACAGCUCCUCCAUCGGCGCCGCCUCAACUUUGUCGUCGGACAGGAACGGCUCAGACCAUGGCGGCGAGGAGGACGAGGAAGAGGUGGAGAGCAAGAGAAAAGAUGGGGCUUUGGGGUCCUUGGAUUCCUUGGAAGACUCACUUCCCAUAAAGCGAGGGUUAUCCAACUUCUUCUCGGGGAAGUCCAAAUCCUUCGCGAGCUUGUCAGAUGUGGUCAACGCGAGCACAAACGACAUCGUGAAGCCCGAAAACCCCUUCAACAAGCGCAGGAGGGUCCUGAUGAUGAGCAAGAUGAGGCGAGCCUCCUGCAGCUCCCUCGUCUGCCCACCAUUGCCACCACUCUCGGCCCCAGCUCACACUGUAGCGGAAGCAGACGAGGAGGAAGAGGAGGAAGAAGACGAAGAAAAGGAGAAACACGGUGGAAGAUCACCUCCCUCCAUGGGUCCCUUUCCCCGCCAUGGCAACAGCAGCAGCAUGAGGAGGAACAAGGCUUUCAGGUCUCCGAGAUCCUUCUCCCUCUCUGAUCUCCAACAUGUCUAACUGUAUGUAGUAAAUCAAACUCGAAGAAAUGGUACAUGUUAUUAAUGGAGAUUAAUAUAUUAAAUAGCUUUACAUGAUUUA